AUGAGGAACUUAUGUGCCUUCCAAGCCUUUCUAUUCAUCAUUGAGCCAAGAAAUCAUGAAGAAGCUCUCAAAGAUGCUGACUGGAUAAUUUCCAUGCAAGAUGAACUCAAUGAAUUUGAAAGGAACAGGGUCUGGCAUCUUGAAGAGAAACCCAAAAAUAAAAAGGUAAUAGGGCUCAAGUGGGUUUUCAGAAACAAGCUGGAUGAGUAUGGAACUAUUGUGAGGAACAAGGCCAGACUUUUUGUGAAGGGAUACAAUCAGCAAGAAGGUAUUGACUUUGAAGAAACUUUCGCUCCUGUUGCUAGAUUAGAAGCUAUUAGAAUAUUAAUUGCUUUUGCUUCAUUUAUGGGUUUCAAAUUAUAUCAAAUGGAUGUUAAAUGUGCUGUCUUAAAUGGGUUUUUGAAGAAGAGGUGUUUGUGGAACAACCACCUGGUUUUGAAAAUCCCCAAUUUCCUAAUCAUGUCUUUAAGCUUGAUAAAGCUCUUUAUGGGCUGA